CAACAGAACACAAGCCAGGCUUUAUCCUGCUUGUCUGUCCCGCUCACUCAGACCUCACAGGAAACUCCCAACUCCCCUAGCCUUCACACACUCACCAUCACUUACCACACUUUUUACACACACACUAACUCCUUCAGGAACACACUUCCACCGGCUGCGCUGAAUCUGACCAGAGAGGAUGGCUGGGUCCAUGUGGAGAAUGAAUGGGAUGGCUGGAGUCCUGUUGCUCUGCGCUCUAUUGCUCAGCAAUGAGGUGAUGUGUCAAGAGUCAGCGACAGAUGCCACAGCAACUGACACACCUGUAGACCCCAAUACUGCGCCCCCAUCUGCUACGGACGCCGUUGCAGCUCCAGGCACCGCCGUUGCCCCAGAUGCAAGUUCCGCUCCUGCUGAUCCUGCUGUUGACCAGCCUGCUGCGUCUGUUGUUCCUGGAGAUAACCCAUCAGUGACCGAUGCAAACACUGCAGUUACAGAUGGAGGCAUCUCAGGAACCACUGUUGCCCCCAGUGCUGGAGGCAAUAAGGAUGCUACAACCGCUGAGGCCAAAGUUGUUCUUAAAAAUGUGGUGCCGGAAGUGAAGUGUGUUGACAAGGAGAGCAUCCAAGAAAGUAACGCUGUCAAGGCUGUUGUGACAACAGCUAACUGUGAGGACACUAAACGCAUUAUUCAAGAAAACGCCGCACCCUGGUGCCAAGAGGAAAACUGUCAUCUAGAGAUCUUCCAGGACGGCAACACAGUACUGGUGUCCAGCAAGGAAGCUAAGUUGGAUUCUGUGGCUGAGGUGCUCCGCAGUGAACAUUUGAAAGACAAGCUGGGUGUGACAAAGACUGAUGUCCCAACAUCACCAAAUUCUUCUGUAUUUGUGGGAAUACUGGUCACUGGUCUGCUCGCUGCAGCUGCAAUUACUAUAGGUUACUUCAAAUGCCAACGCAGGUCUGACACCAAGGGGGCGAGGCUGGCAGAGGAAACUUAUCCAGUAGAUCAGGAAAAUCAGGGGAACACUCUUGUGUCCGUGGCCCCCCUCAACCCCCCUCAAGAAACCCAGGAGAAACCCAGUGUAAAUGGAGAGUCCCCCGAAGCAGCCAAGACUGAGCCUCCUCCCACCAACGGCCACUCCACCACCAAGACAGCAGACACCGAGCUGUGAAACAGUCACAAAUAACUGCAGCCCAUGACAAUAACCCCACAAACACACCCAUCCACAUACACACACACAUGCCUAUGCAAACUCACCUCUCUUUUUGAAUCCACUCCUUCUCAACCAGUGUCCACAGCAAAGUGGACAUCAGGGACUAGAAGAAUCUCCUACACUCCUGUUGAUAUAGUCCCAUUGCCCCCUCUGUUUCUUUGGCUAUGUGCCUCAACAAAAAUCAGGAAAAACUAGUCUGAUGAUGACGAUGUUGACGGUGAAUGAUGAAUGAUGAUGACGAAGGCUCAGUCCCUGGGUUGUUGAUGGCACCCAGGCUGGAGGUGAGAGACAGGAGAUGGGCAGUGGGUGGGUUGGAAGAGGGUGUAUUUUUGCAUUAUCAGCACUGGCUCCCAUGAUGACUGCAGUCCCUGGAAUCACAGCCAUGUGCUGUCAACACCCAUCACACUCAUCAGCUUUAAAGCUCCGACCAAAGCCUCCACUAGAAAAUAUAGCAAGAGCACAUAAAUGAAAUUGUUCCUUAGUUUAUUGUAAAGCCAUGACAGACAGAGAGGAAACAAAUCACACUGCCUUGAAAUCUGUUUACAAAAUUCUCAGAGAGGAAAACCUUUGGGCUCUGAUUUUGUUUGUGUGAUUGAGUUAUCGAUUGUGUAGGUGUGCGAAUGUGUAUGUGUGUGCUGCUUUCAGAUCCUGCAUGUGUGUGUAAAACGUAUACUUGUACCUGUACUGUGCAUGGACUGUAUAUAUCCAUACAUGCAUCUAAGCUUCUCUUGCUUACUGUAUGUAUGCAUAUUUGAUUUGAUGAGUGGUAUUAGCAUGUGAGUGAGUGAUGUGUCUGAAUGUGCAUGAGACAUUAGCCAUGAAAAGUGUUCAAUUUGGUUAAAUGAGUUGACAAAGUGAUGGCUCACAGUUGCAGUUGCUUCCCAUGGUUAGGAUGAAUGAGAAUUAAAGUUUUAAUCCCACUGAUGAGGGGGAGCUGCAAGGAAUUCUCCAAUUUUAUCACUGCAAGCCGAAGUGAGAUCAAUCACAAAGCCAAAAGGCCUCUUUGAUGUAGCUUCAUAGCCGCUGCUGAAAAUCAUGUGACUGACUGUAUGACCAACUAACUCAUAAAGGCCUCGGACGCAAAGCAAGGACAACCUCUGACUGUCUGCACUGUCCAUCCAUUUGUCAGUGUUAUUUUCUUUUCAAUAUACUGUAUAUGCUCUUUUUUAUAUCAGUAUUCUAAUGAUCAUGUAUAUAGUAUGGUGACUUUUUUUGUCUUGUUUUUAUUCUGUGUACCCACCUAUGUUAUGGUCCUUCUGUGUGCCAAAGAAUUUCAUUUCAUAGCUUAUGUUGGGCUAAAAUAUGUGCUUUGUGGCAUCUUUACAAUGCUUAAACUAGGUCAUGUAACAUGAAGAUAUUCAAGGGCUAUGUUAGAAAGAAGCAUCUAGUGGCUCAAAUCUGUGAUUAGUUUGUCCUGUAAAUUCAGGGGACGUCAGUUUUUACUGACAUACCUGAGAUUAAAAACAACAGGAAGCUGCAGUGUUUUAUUGUCAAGCUGUAACAAAAAAACAAACAAACGGAUGUCUUACAUUGAUUUCUCCUUUCAGUUCAUUUUAUAUCUUUUCAUUCCUAACAUUCCAAUGUGACUGUUUAAUAUUACUAGCACCCUGAAGUGUAAAAUUGGAUUUAACAUGAAAAAAAAAAGAAAAAUAAAUAACUUUUUAUGAA